CAGUUUGGUUCAUCUAUCUUCCCCAGUGUCGCCGGACCCCAAACCAAAGUGCAGCGAGAAGAAGACCCAAAGCGCAGAAGCAGCCGUAGUAUCCAUCAACUCUCAUCAGGUGCCUUUGUGAUCAUUUUUUCUUGAAUAAAUCAUUCAAUUUGCAUUGGUAACUGUCAACGGAUUUGCUUUUGAUAAUGCUUCAUCAACAUAAACAUCCUUGCCUCUUAGCGUUUCAGCGUUUUAUUAGUUAGUCCUGCUACGGGUUUUCUCCUUUGGGCUCCUGGUUUCUAUUAUAACAGUUUGGCCAGAACCGCAUUUAGCUGUGUACAGUGUGAGGAGAUUGCUCUGAAUCAUGUGACAGUGCUGCUACUUGUUCUGGGAUACAUGGCUGAUAAUUCUUUAGCUGCACCCAACACUUCUGUUCUUGUGGCAGAUCAUGGAUUAAUGUCGGAUCAUUCAUUAGCCACAGAUCAUGAGCUAGGCCUAGAUCAUGCAUUGGCCAUAGGGCAAGAAUUUCCAGAUGUUGAAACUUGCCGGAGAACGUUGAAGGAUAUUGCUAUAGCUAUGCAUUUUGAUCUCCGAAUAGUGAAAUCAGAUCGUAGCCGGUUUAUAGCCAAGUGCUCCAAAGUAGGUUGUCCAUGGCGUGUCCAUGUAGCAAAAUGUUCUGGAGUUCCAACCUUCACGGUUAGAACCCUGCAAGCAGAACAUACCUGUGAAGGUGUUCGGAACCUUCAUCAUCAACAAGCAUCAGUAGGUUGGGUUGCUAGAUCUGUUGAAGCACGUGUUCGAGAUAACCCUCAGUACAAACCAAAGGAAAUCCUGCAAGAUAUCCGUGAUGAACAUGGAGUUGCUGUAUCUUACAUGCAAGCUUGGCGUGGAAAGGAGCGUAGCAUGGCUGCACUUCAUGGAACUUUUGAAGAGGGAUAUCGCUUUCUUCCUGCAUUCUGCGACCAAAUAAGGAAGACUAACCCUGGAAGCAUCGCUUCAGUUUUUGCAACUGGACAAGAAAAUUGCUUCCAACGCCUCUUUGUAUCUUUCCGUGCAUCUAUCUAUGGGUUCAUACAUGCUUGUAGACCACUUCUAGAACUUGAUAAAGCACAUCUAAAAGGAAAAUAUUUGGGUUCAAUACUUUGUGCUGCAGCUGUUGAUGCUGACGAUGCUUUGUUUCCGUUGGCAAUAGCUAUUGUUGAUGGAGAAAGUGAUGAAAAUUGGAUGUGGUUCAUGUCAGAAUUACGGAAGCUUCUCGGAGUGAACACCGAAAACAUGCCUAGACUAACUAUAUUAUCCGAAAGACAAAAAGGGAUCGUAGAGGCAGUGGAAACACAUUUUCCAAGUGCUUUCCACGGGUUUUGUCUGCGUUAUGUAAGUGAAAAUUUUCGUGACACGUUCAAAAACACAAAGUUGGUGAAUAUCUUUUGGAAUGCUGUUUAUGCCCUCACAACAGUAGAAUUUGAAAGCAAGAUUGCUGAGAUGGUAGAGAUUUCACAAGAUGUUCUAUCCUGGUUUCAGCAGUUCCCUCCCCGACUUUGGGCUGUAGCAUAUUUUGAGGGUGUGCGAUAUGGCCACUUUACAUUAGGGGUCACGGAGUUGCUCUAUAAUUGGGCCCUUGAGUGUCAUGAACUCCCAAUUGUGCAGAUGAUGGAACAUAUUCGCCAACAAUUGACGUCUUGGUUUAAUGAUCGUCGAGAUAUGGGAAUGCGGUUGAACUCGAUUCUUGUGCCAUUGGCUGAGAAACGGAUUUUAGAGGCAAUUGCAGACGCUCGUUGUUAUCAAGUACUUCGUGCAAAUGAGGUUGAGUUUGAGAUUGUGUCAACUGAAAGGACAAAUAUUGUGGACAUACGAACUCGAAUAUGUUCUUGUCGCCGUUGGCAGAUUUAUGGUUUUCCUUGCGCACAUGCUGCUGCUGCACUUAUUUCCUGUGGGCACAAUGUACAUUUGUUUGCUGAGCCUUGUUUCACCGUAGCAAGCUACCGGGAAACCUAUUCACAGUUGAUAAAUCCUAUUCCAGAUAAGAGCCUUUGGAAGGAACAAGGUGAAGGAACAGAGGGUGGAAGUGCCAAGGUUGAGGUGACAAUACGUCCACCCAAGACUCGGCGACCUCCCGGUAGACCCAAAAAGAAGGUCCUCCGGGUUGAAAACUUCAAGCGACCAAAGAGAGUUGUUCAAUGUGGUCGCUGCCAUAUGUUAGGACAUUCUCAGAAGAAAUGCACAAUGCCAAUUUGACAUGAGUUAGCUUUGUUAUUUUUCCAUUUUUCUUUUUUGUUUCAUUUUUCAGAGGUGCAAUAGUUUCACUGUUAUGCUUGUAAACUUGUUGUAUUCUAACUUAUUGUCGCAAAAAUAAGGAUUAAAGUCCUUUUUGGCCUUAUCGCAUCUGUUUGUAAAUGCGCAUAACAUAGUGGUAGCACUUAAAUUUCCAGGAUUAUACCAAAGCAUAACGUACCAAAAACAAAAACAAGCGAAAC